CUUUGCAGCAAUGGCAACCUACACGUGCAUCACCUGCCGCGUGGCGUUCAAGGACGCCGACGUGCAGCGUGCCCACUACAAGACGGACUGGCACAGGUACAACCUGAAGCGCAAGGUCGCCGAAAUGCCCCCCGUCACAGCGGAGAAUUUCCAGGAGAGGGUCCUAGCGCAGAGGGCCGUAGCAGAGGAGCAGAACAAAAUCACUGCCACUUACUGCACCGUCUGCAGCAAGAGAUUCUCCACUUUCAAUGCCUAUGAGAAUCACCUGAAGUCCAAGAAGCACCUGGAGCUGGAGAAAAAGGCUGUUCAAGCUGUCAGCAAGAAGGUGAAAAUACUGAAUGAAAAGAACCUGGAGAAGGGGCUGGCCUCGGAGAGUGUAGAUAAGGAUGCAAUGAACACAGCUAUUCAACAGGCCAUCAAAGCUCAGCCAUCUUCCUCUCCAAAGAAGCUCCCUUUACGUCCCAGUGAUGCAAGCAGCUCUCCGGUUUCCACGGAAAGCACCAGUUUAUCACAGAGUAGGGAGCGAUCUGAAAAACCUCCGAGGCUACAGUGGUUUGAGCAGCAAGCGAAGAAGCUGGCCAAACAGCAAGCAGAGGAAGAGGAGGAGGAUAUGGAAGAAGAAGGCUGGGAAGAUAUAGACUCCGAUGAAGACAGUGGCUCUGAGGAAGAGAUGGAAAGUGUGGGAGAAGAGGAGGAGGAGGAGCAGGCAGCAGCUGGGAGCUCUCCUGCUGCGGGGGCCAUUCCUGUCACGGACUGCUUGUUCUGUCCCCACCAUUCAAGAUCUCUCAUGAAGAAUGUAGCCCACAUGACAAAAACCCACAGUUUCUUCAUUCCAGACAUCGAGUAUCUUGUUGAUCUCAGAGGCCUAAUUAAGUACUUAGGAGAGAAAGUUGGUGUUGGGAAAAUCUGCCUCUGGUGCAAUGAAAAGGGGAAAUCCUUCUACUCUACAGAAGCAGUACAGGCUCACAUGAAUGACAAAAGCCACUGCAAACUCUUCACAGAUGGAGAUGCUGCCCUGGAGUUUGCAGACUUCUAUGAUUUUAGGAGCAGUUACCCUGAUCACAAGGAAGGGGAAGAUGUGGAGAUGUCUGGAGAGCUCCCAGCAGAUCGAGAGUUGGAAUAUGAUGACGACACCAUGGAACUGAUCCUUCCUUCAGGUGCGAGAGUUGGUCACCGCUCCUUAAUGCGGUACUACAAGCAGCGCUUUGGUUUGUCAAGAACCGUGGCCGUUGCAAAAAACAGGAGAGCAGUAGGCCGGGUGUUGCAGCAGUACAGAGCUCUGGGCUGGACAAGCCAAACAGGGGCAGCCUCCGCUCAGCAGCGUGAUAUGCAGUAUGUGCAGAGGAUGAAGUCAAAGUGGAUGCUCAAGAUGGGAAUGAACAACAACGCUACCAAGCAGAAGCAUUUCCGGAUGCAAGUCAGGUUUUGAGCUCCCCAGAGAGCUCAAAA